CCAUGCAAGAGGAGGCUCUGAAGCUGGUGCUCUUGGCUCUGGAGGACGGCUCGGCCCUGUCCAGGAAGGUUCUGGUGCUGUUUGUGGUCCAGAGGUUAGAGCCACGCUUCCCCCAGGCUUCCAAGACCAGCAUAGGCCACGUGGUGCAGCUCCUGUACAGGGCCUCCUGCUUCAAGGUAGGUCUGACUACCUGCAUCUCAUACAGAAACGCAGACCUCGGUCGUGUUCACUAGGCACGAAACAGGAAACCGGACGGAAACUAUGAGCUACUAACUGAACUUGCCCAAUGAGAAGCGCAAAUUUCUGUUUUCUGUUGCUCAGCGUUUAUAAAUGUUUGCUUCGGUGUGCCCAAAUGAACAUGACCCAACAAAGGCCAUGUGGUUCCCAAAAUUUUUUGUGCCAUGACCUCCCAAAAUCUUUCCGGACUAGCUGCAACCAACCACCUGAUCCUGACCCACCAUUUAGAGAAACGCUACCUUAAUGUACCUCUCCCUGGCUGCAUAGGUGACCAAGCGUGACGAGGACUCGUCCCUGAUGCAGCUGAAAGAGGAGUUCAGGACGUAUGAGGCACUGCGGCGCGAACACGACUCCCAGAUUGUCCAGAUCGCCAUGGAGGGUGGCCUCCGCAUCGCCCCUGACCAGUGGUCCUCCCUGCUCUACGGGGACCAGUCUCACAAGUCCCACAUGCAGUCCAUCAUCGACAAGGUGUGUGUUACUAGUCCAAGAAGAAGUUGUCAUGUACGUCAGGGUUCCCCAACUGGCAUCCCACGGAUGAUUUUUAUUUUGCCCCCCAGGUUUUCUGAGCAAAAAGAAGGGAAUCUGUUCCAAAGUAUUCCCACCAUAAUAGAGAUAUAUCUGAUCGUAUACAAAUGUAAGCAAUGUUGGAAAUGAUUUAUGUUUUAGUCAAAUAUUAUAUCUGUUUGGGAUUCUUGCGGUCAAUUUGCAGUCUACAAAUUAUUUGUUAUUAUGUUCUGGCCCCCUGACAAUUCGCUCAAGAAAAAAUCUGCCCGCGGCUGAAUCUAGUUCAUGAUCCCUGAUGUACGUCGUAUAGUCCAUUACACAGGAGGCUGCUGAGGGGAGGACAGCUCAUAAUAAUGGCUGAAACAAGCAAAUGGAAUGACAUCAAACACCUGGAACCAUGUGUUUGUAUUUGAUACCAUUCCACUAAUUCCUCUCCAGUCAUUACCAUGAGCCCGUUCUCCACAAUUAAGGUGCCACCAACCUCCUGUGGUUCAGUAUCAACAAGGUGUGUGUGUGUGUUAGUGUGUCUUUUUGGGAAGGUGUCAGCGUCUGUUUGUGUCUUUGUUACUAGUUCUAGAAGAAGUUGUCAUGUACGUUGUUUAGUUCAUUGUCAACAAGGUGUGUGUGUGUGUCCAUUACUUGUUCAGACACAUAUUCACAAAAAUAACCAUAUUCACUCACGUAAAACAUCUGCUUAUCAGUUUGUAUUUGUCUAAGUGACUGUCUGUAUGACACAUGAAACAACAUGAGCCAUUGUAAUAAGCUUCCACUAAAGGAGCAGCACUCUUGAUGUCAGAGGGUUAAGCCUUGCUUCACAGUAGAAAACAUUAUUUCAACCAAUGCUAAUAGGAUAAAGGAGAACAGGAAUGAUCAUAUCCACAAAACAACUGGUGGAAGAUCCAGGUUCAGGCACUCAGAUGCUGAUAGGAUUUACGUUAACCCUUUCCCAUCCUGUGUCCUCCCCAGUUGCAGACGCCGGCGUCGUUUGCCCAGAGCGUUCAGGAGCUGACCAUAGCCUUGCAGAGGACAGGCGACCCCGCCAACCUUAACCACCUCCGACCACACCUGGAACUACUGGCCAACAUCGACCCUAGCCCC